AUGGAGCGGCUACACAUAGACAUCCUUGGUCCAUUCACGCCAAGUGAUAAGAACAACGUCUAUGUUCUGAGCAUGAUUGAUCAGUUCACCAAGUGGAUAGAAUGUGCCGCCUUACCUCAACAGAAUGCGCAGGUGGUGGCAGAAGAACUGUUAGUCCGCUUCAUAACCACUUUCGGAUGUCCACUUCAUCUACACUCUGACAGAGGGCGUCAGUUUGAGGGACAGUUAUUCCAGGAGUUGUGUCGAGUUUUAGAAAUCACCAAGACCCGGACAACCCCUUACCACCCUUCCGGGAAUGGACAAGUUGAACGUUAUAAUCAAGUGAUCCUCCAAAUGAUAAGGUGUUUUGUGGAAGGGAACGUGACUUCCUGGGAUGAGGAGCUGCCACUUUUAACCAUGGCAUUGCAUGCAACCGUCCAUAGACAGACUGGAUUCACCCCAAACCGCUUGAUGUUAGGACGGGAGGUUCAUCUGCCUAUAGAUCUCAUUUUAGGCACGUUCAAACGAGGUUUAGUAACUCCGCCGGUUUGGGUUAAAGACCUUCAGAGGAAACUUACGGAAGUUCAUCUCCUUGCCAGGGAGGCACUUAAGAGUUCUCAGAAACGUCAAAAGAGGGAUUAUGAUGUGAAGUUGCUUAAGUCCACUUUUCAUCCUGGGGAUGUGGUAUACCGAGUGAACGAUGCAAGUGCCUUAGGUGUUGGUAGAAAGCUGAAGCCCCCGUGGGCAGGCCCUUACCUGGUGACGGAGUUCCGCCCUCCUAUCUACAGAAUAAGAUUUCCAAAGCGAGAAACUUUUGUUCAUCAUAACAAGCUGAAGUUGUGUCACGACCGGACUCUGCCUGUCUGGCUAAAGAGAGUCAGACAUGAGUUAUUGAACUCACAUCUCGACCCAAGCAGUGAGGGAGAACCACAUGAACCAGGAGCGGGGGAUCCCGGAGCGACAGAGGAUGCGUCGACCACAGACAAACAGCGAGACUCUGAAAAUAGACAAGAAAGACAAGAUGGUGAGAGGGAUGGUUCCGACCAGGAGUUGAGGGAACUUUUGGAACAGAGUGAAGUGCUAGAGGAAUGUGACGGAUCAUUGGACGACAGAGGCGACCAACAACUUCCUAAUUUUGAUGAGGGUGGCCUUUCAGAUGAUAGCGCCGAUCGAUUACUUCAACACUUGGAAGGUUGUGAGCUCCCACGAAGUGACCACAAGGCAUGGUCGUAA